UAUGUAUAGACAGUUAGACACAGAUAUCUGAAAUCUCCAUGGAAUAUUCAAGAUCAAGAUACUUUUACACUAUUUUAUGGGUAAAUCUUUUCUUGGUAGUAUUUUCUUUAGUCAACCUUAAAACAGCUCUAUAUACUUGACUUAGCUCAUCUUGAGAGUUUUUUGAUAUAUGGGGUUGUAAAAAAUUACAGCUUUUUGGUUAGUGGGUUGGUUGUCUAAUCUUGAAAAGAUUGAAACAGUUUUUUUUUUUUAAUUUUUAAUUAAUAUUACUGGGUUGUGGAUUGAUUGUUUCUAGAAUUAGUUGAAUUGCGUUUUCAGAUUUUUGUAUUGGAUUAAACUUUGUCUUUGGGGUUAAACAAAUUUUUGUGAUGUGAUGGAGGAUAAGGCAGCAGCUUUUCAUACAGUUAUAAAUGCAGUACAGGCACUUGGUAGGGGGUUUGAUGUGAAUUAUGAUACUAGGUUGCUCUAUUGUAAGGGAGUGGUUGGGUCUAGGGUUGUAGAGAUUAAUGAAGAACAUACAAGGGAUCUCUGUUUAUUUGAUGAUAUUGUUCUGCCAAAUGUCUCAAAAGAUAUUAAGAACUUUCAAGAACCUGGUGGUAGGGAUGGAACUAGAGUUUGCUCUUAUAAUGAGAUGGUGGAAUAUUUUAAUAAAAAGGCUAAUCUGUCAGGCCAUGAUCCUAUUGGUAGCUUCAGUGUUGCAUUCAGUUACACUGGUUCAAAGCAUAUAGAUACUGCCAGUACAAAGACACUCUGUAUGGAUGGAUUUUUCAUACCGCUUUCUAAGCUUCAACUCAUGACUUCCCCUCUAGUCUUGCGGGAAAAUGUUAAAAGAGCUGUCCCAACAUCAUGGGAUCCGCCAGCAUUGGCAAGCUUCAUUGAAAAUUUUGGGACGCAUGUAAUUACAUCUGUAACUAUUGGUGGAAAAGAUGUAAUUUAUGUUAAACAGCACAUAUCAUCACCUCUGUCCACUGUGGAAAUAAAAAAUUACGUUCAAGACAUUGGAAAUCAGAGGUUCUCCAGCACAGAAAACCUUACAAGUUCAGGUUUAUUGAGAUACCAGGAUAAGGCUGGUGAUCCGUCCCUUUUCAAUAAUCAGGGGAUAUAUCCCCAACCCGCUAGUGCGCCAUAUAUUCCCGGAAAUGGAAAAGAGGAUGUUACAGUCAUUUUCAGAAGAAGGGGAGGGGAUGAUCUGGAACAAAGCCAUACUCAAUGGGCAAAGACUGUUAGAUCUUCUCCAGAUGUUAUUGAGAUGACGUUCGUUCCAAUCAUUCUGCUUCUUGAAGGGGUCAAAGGGAAGGAUUAUUUGGCAUGGGCUAUAAGUCUUUAUCUUGAAUACAAACCCCAAAUCGAGGAGCUUAGAUAUUUCUUGGAGUUUCAGAUCCCGAGAGUAUGGGCCCCUGUACAUGACAGACUUCCUAAUCAACAUCGAAAGGAACCUGUUUGCCUGUCUCUUCAGUUUAGCAUGAUGGGGCAAAAGCUUUAUGUUAGCCAUGAACAAGUGUCAGUGGGACGUAAGCCCGUGACCGGCAUGCGGCUAUAUCUUGAAGGGUCAAAGGGGAAUCGACUAUGCAUCCAUCUUCAGCAUAUGGUUUCUCUUCCUAGGAUCCUCCAACCAUACUGGGAAAGUCAUAUAGCAAUUGGCGCUCCAAAGUGGCAGGGUCCGGAAGAACAAGAUAGUAGAUGGUUUGAACCGGUUAAAUGGAAGAACUUCUCACAUGUGAGUACUGCACCAAUUGAGAGCCCUGAAACUUUCAUAGGAGAUCUUUCUGGUGUAUACAUAGUUACGGGAGCCCAGCUUGGAGUCUGGGAUUUUGGGUCGAGAAACGUUUUGUAUAUGAGGCUCUUGUAUUCUAGGUUACCAGGCUGCACUAUUCGAAGAUCAUUGUGGGACCACACACCGAAUGACAAGUUAAGGAAACAGGUCGAUAGUGGGAAUAACAAUGGUGAUCAAAGCUCAAUUACAGGACGGAAUCUUACAGGCAAUAGGUUGGCAAAGUUUGUCGACAUGACAGAGAUGAGUAAGGGACCUCAAGAUCCUCCAGGUCAUUGGCUUGUCACAGGUGGAAAACUUGGUGUUGAGAAAGGGAAAAUUGUUUUGAGGUUAAAGUAUUCUUUGCUAAAUUAUUAGUAGUUAAUAGUGUUUGAACAUGCAGCACCUGGUUCUAGAAAGGGAGAGAUGGUGUUUUUAGUAUAUAUUGGUGUUUUGGUUGUUCUUGUGUACUCUCUCUAUAUGAUCCCUUUGGAGAAGAAUGUAUACUUAGUGGUUUGGAUGUGUAAAUUUCUCAAAUUUCGCUGCACAAUUAUCUUCUCUAUCUGGAAUUAGUUCUUCAGAAAA